AUGGAUCCUGACAAGAGAAGGUUUAGAGGGUUCCCCAGCAUGGCUAAAGUGCCUGGUCUGCAGCAGCAGGCUCCUGGGCUAAAAGAUGCAGCGCCCGGGCGGUCUGUCUCAAUCGGACGGUCCAAGGGGCUACAGCAGUCCGAGAGCCCAGGCGCUGGGCGAGCCUGGGGGCUACAGCUGGCCGCUGAAGAUCAAAGCCUUGGGUAUGCGCGGGGUCUGCAAAUACACAGAGACGUUGGUGUUGGCCGUUCCAGGGGGCUGCCGUUGGUUGAGCCUUGGACGGGGCGUGCCAGGGGGCUGGCACUGCUUGAAGACCCUGGGACAGGGCGUGCCAGGGGGCUGGCGCUGCUUGAAGAGCCUGGUAGGGGGCAUGCCAGGGGGCUGGCGCUGCUUGAAGAGCCCGGUAGGGGGCGUGCCAGGGGGCUGGCGCUGCUUGAGGACUCGGUCAUUGGUCGUGCUCGAGGUCUGUCAUCGCUUGAGGAGGCUCUGCCAAGUGUACAUGUGGGAAGGGGUGUGCCAGCCUCUGCGAGGCAGGUGGAACCUCCCUCCUCAGCCCCUUCGCUGGUGUCUAUGUUCAGGGGAAUGGGGGUGGAGCCUCCAGCAAAAGCUUGGGAUUGUGGUACAGAACCAAUAGUUGGGGCCCACAUGGGGAGAGGUGCCUUUAUAGAUGUUGGAGCAGAGCCCAGGACUCACGUUCCCCAGAGACCGGCCGCAGACAGGGGGCUGGCAGGGGAUGCUGGUGUGGGGAAGGAGGUAGUGGGACGCAGCAGUGUCUUAGGGUGCGGGGAGCCAGCCCCACGGGUGACAGGUGUGGGAAGAGCGACUCCAGCAUCUGUAAGAGAGGGGCCCCCAAAGCCCUCCCAACCACCCCCAGCUGUGAAACCGGGGGGCGUUCAGAGAGAACAGCAGCAUGAGCCACUGCAGAAGAAAGGUUUGAAGGGUAAUCCGUUGACUGUGGGAUCCAAUUACAUCACAAUCAGCUGUAAAAACGAAGCUGUUUACCAGUACCACGUUACCUUCAGCCCUAACGUGGAGUGCAGAAGCAUGCGCUUCGGUAUGAUGAAAGAGCAUCGUUCUGUCACCGGAGAAGUCACAGCCUUCGAUGGAUCAAUUCUGUACCUCCCCAUCAGACUGGAAGAGGUUGUGAACCUGAAAAGUGAAAGGAAAACAGAUGCCACUGAGGUUGAUAUCAAGAUCCAGAUGACUAAAGUCCUGGAGCCCAACUCAGACCUGUGCAUCCCCUUCUACAAUGUGGUGCUAAGAAGGGUCAUGAAGAUCUUGGGUUUGAAACUUGUGGGACGAAAUCACUACGACCCCAAUAGUGCCGUGGUCCUCGGAAAGCACAGGUUACAGGUGUGGCCCGGCUACUCCUCCUGUAUCAAGCGCACAGACGGGGGCCUCUUCCUGACAGUCGACGUUUCCCACAAAGUGCUCCGAAACGACUCCGUGCUGGAUGUCAUGAAUGUUAUUUACCAGCAGAGCAGGGAGAGUUUUCAAGAUGAAUGCACCAAGGAGUUGAUUGGCAGUAUCGUCAUCACCCGCUACAAUAACCGCACCUACCGCAUCGAUGACAUCAACUGGACCAAGUGUCCGAAGGACAAGUUCACCAUGGCCGAUGGAUCUGAGACCACCUUCAUUGACUAUUACAGCAAAAACUAUGGGAUUACCAUCAAGGAACUGGAUCAGCCUCUUCUUGUCCAUCGCCCUAAAGAGAGAUCGAGACCAGGAGGAAAGGUUCUGACUGGCGAGAUCCUGUUGCUACCUGAGCUGUCCUUUAUGACAGGGAUCCCAGACAAGAUGAGGAAGGAUUUCCGCGCCAUGAAGGAUUUGACCAUGCAUAUCAAUGUGAGCGGGGAGCAGCACACAAACUCUUUGAAACAGCUCCUGAGAAACAUCAACACCAGCGAAGAUGCCUUGACUGAGCUUGGCCGCUGGGGUCUGGUCAUCAGCUCAGAGAUCCUGCUGUGUGAAGGAAGGACCCUUCCGCUUGAGACGAUUAGCUUGCAGUCUGCUUCGUUCGUGACCUCUGCUGAUGUCCAGUGGUCCAAGGAAGUUGUGAGGGAUGCAUCUAUUAGCUGUAUCCCCCUGAACUGCUGGGCCAUCUUCUACCCACGCCGCUGCUCGGAGCAAGCUGAGGAGCUGGUGGCCACCUUCGGGAAAGUGUCCGGUCCGAUGGGCUUGAGGCUUGACCGGCCAAUCUGCGUGGAGCUACGGGAUGACCGUACUGAGACCUACGUGAAGAGCAUCCACUCACAGCUCACCAGCGAGCCGAAUGUGCAGCUGGUUGUGUGUAUUAUCACGGGCAAUAGGGACGACCUGUACGGUUCCAUUAAGAAGCUUUGCAGUGUUCAGUCUCCAGUGCCUUCACAGGCCAUAAACGUCAGGACCAUCUCGCAGCCUCAAAAGCUCCGGAGCAUAGCCCAGAAGAUCCUGUUACAGAUAAAUGCAAAGCUUGGAGGGGAGCUCUGGACUGUAAACAUUCCCUUGAAACAGCUGAUGGUGAUCGGAGUAGAUGUGCAUCACGACCCCAGCAGAGGGAACAGAUCGGUCUUGGGCUUUGUUGCCAGUCUGAACGGCACACUGACGAGGUGGUAUUCCAGAGCAGUGUUCCAGAUGCCCAAUGAAGAGAUUAUCAACGGGUACAGGAUCUGCCUGCUAGCUUCUUUGCAGAAGUAUUUUGAGGUUAACCACAACCUGCCCGAGAAGAUCGUGGUGUACCGGGACGGUGUGUCGGAUGGGCAGCUGAAAGCCGUAGAGGACUUUGAGAUCCCCCAGCUGCUCAAGUGCUUCGAGACCUUCCCACGGUACGAGCCCAAGAUGGCGUUCAUUGUGGUGCAGAAAAGAAUCAGCACCGCCCUCUACUCUUGCAGUGGAGAACGAUUUGGAACUCCUCCGCCUGGGACCAUCCUGGAUCACACUGUAACCAACAAGGAGUGGGUUGAUUUCUAUUUGAUGGCGCAUCAUAUUCGACAAGGCUGUGGGUUGCCCACCCACUACAUUUCCGUCUACAAUACCGCCAAUCUCAGCCCUGACCAUUUGCAGAGGUUGACCUUCAAGAUGUGCCACAUGUACUGGAACUGGCCCGGGACUAUCAGAGUACCAGCGCCGUGCAAAUACGCCCACAAACUGGCCUUCCUAUCCGGGCAGGUCCUGCACACUGAGCCAGCCAUACAGCUGUCUGACAAGCUGCAUUUCCUGUGA